UCGGGACACUCAUAUAUUUUUUCCAUUCUUCGAUUGGAAUUGCGUGUUUUGGUAGACAUAAAACUAUUAUUAAAAAAUUCAAGAAUUUAGUCAAGAUUUAUUAAUCAAAAUACUUUAAAUUUUUGAUAAAUGUAAAAAUCAUCAUUUUAAUUGUACAUCGGUUAUAAUUUAAGAGAACUGAGUAGAUAAAUUUAUUUUAACAAAUUUUAUAGCAUGUACGUGAAACUUUAGUUACUUGACACUAUAUUCGAUUCUCAAUUUUUAAUAAUACUUGAAUUAUUUCCAUUAUAAAAGUUGAUAUUUGUUAUUAAAUUGAGCCGGUAAUUGCUUAUAAUUAGUUGGUUCAUUUUAUGAGUGAAGUGUUCGAAACAAAUUUGAAUUUUGAGUGCGUGAAUUUGGAAAUAACUUCAAAAAUUACUCGAUGAAGGAAGAAAAGGAUUAUUGAAUGUUAUCAAAUUUCAACGUACAUUAACACAAUGUGUGAAACAGUGCCGAGAACAUGGAUGAUGAAACCAGAGAUUCAUUGUGACAAUAUGAGAGUUCCUACUGGUUCCCUAUCACCUCCUGCUACCCUGUCUCCUCCAGGCAGUCCAAAUGUCUUGUCAGCAUCGCCCUGGAGUCCAGGUGGUCUUACCAGUGGCAGCAACAGUUCCUGCAACGGCAUCUCUUAUCCAUCGGCGGUUAGUCAGCUUGCACCUGACCAGCGACUUAGUGCCUUUACCCUUGCAUCCGGUUAUAAUUCUGAUCCUAGGCUGCAAAAGUUAACACAUGUACCCGGAUUAACAUCCCGUGAUAUGCGUUGUGGUUUAAUGUAUGGUGGGUACAGUACAGCUUGGUGGACCCAUCAUGCGGUAGGCCUUCUGCUACCGCAUUCCUUUUUGCCGUCCGAAAUUCCAACACAACAGACAACACCUGUAACCGAACGCUCUUCAAUGCAGCAAGAACGAACUAGUCCUGACCGAGCGAGUCCACCUAAACAAUGUUUACCUGAAAAAGCACAUUUUAUUGAAGAAGUGCCAUUAAAUCUCAGCACAAAACCGAGUGAUAUAUCAUCUGGUAUAAAUCGAAAGUGCGAGAUUUGGUCACCCGGAGCAGUUUGUGAACGUGAAGCAAAAGAAACUUCGACACAAAAUUCACCAUCAACCACGCCAUCGAUGAUAGUACGACCAAUUAACCUCUCCCCUCUCACUUCACCUUCGAAUGAUCGCAGUUUUCAGUGUAAGCAAUGUGGAAAAGCUUUCAAACGAUCUAGUACAUUGAGUACUCACCUCUUAAUUCACUCAGAUACUAGACCUUAUCCUUGUCAAUAUUGUGGUAAGCGGUUCCAUCAGAAGUCCGAUAUGAAAAAACAUACAUAUAUUCAUACUGGUGAAAAACCUCAUAAGUGCGUUGUAUGUAGUAAAGCGUUUUCACAAAGCAGCAACUUAAUUACGCACAUGCGAAAGCAUACAGGAUAUAAACCUUUUCAGUGUGGCUUAUGUGAAAAAGCUUUUCAAAGAAAAGUCGAUUUGAGAAGACAUCGAGAAGGACAACACCCUGCUGCUCCAGCGUUAGAUUAUCGUUCUCUUCAAAUUCCAAACUUAUCAAAUCAACGCUCGUAUUCACCGGUUCAUAUUCGGACAUCCAAUUACCAUACUGUUUCUAGUUUGAGUGAUAGCUGAAACAAGUAUUGCGAUCGCAAAGCUAAAAAAAUCGGUUGAACCAAUGGAAAUAUCCAUGAUAAUUUGAGAAAAAAAUUAUAUACUUUUAAUUUAUUUUCUUAACAAAAACGUACUGUAAGUACUGUAAAUCCGUCCAUUAAUUGAAAAAGAUAAAAGCUUUAUAAAUAGUUUAAAAAUACAAAGAGCUAUAUUAAAUAAAUAUACAUGUAAAAAAAU